AUGUCACAAUUGUUAAAAAACGUAUGGCGCAAUGUUUUAAGGGGAAGCCAGGUUAAUAAUGUUUCAAUGAGAUCCACCAGUUUAUCCAGCGUGUCGGAAAUAGUGCGCGCUAGGAAUGUAGACACGAUAAUGCUAAGUAUAAAGACUGCGCCAAGCACGGCUGCUGUGCUGGCGGCGGUGCAGGCUCACAUGACGAGCAUGACACACCGGCACAUGCUACAGGCACUGAGAACACUGUUUGAGUUGCACAAAGCCAAUAAACAAGAUGAUCCCGAUACCAUAGUUAAAGACCCAACAUUUAGUGUCCUUUGCCAGAAUUUCAAAAAGCAUGCACGCGCUUUAGAUGUUGGCGAAACGAUAGAAGCUCUCAAAGUCCUGUCCUACCUCAAAGUUCCUGCGGACUCCAUGAUAGUUCAAACUAUGCUUCAGUUAAUACGCUGCAAUAUAAACCUACUGAACACACAGCAAAUUAUGUUUCUAGACUUUCUUCUAUCACAGAUGGAGGGCAAGAAUCACCUUGUUGACGCUCUCAAACUCGCUCUACCUCUAGCAUUCCAAAUACAUUUACCUAAUGAGAUAGACAGCAAAGAUCUCCCUCUCUUAAAGGACAUGCUGACCUACUGCUGCUCUCACGACCUGCCACACAGGUGUAUCAAUAACGUAGUGACAGGAAUCCUGAUUAACGACCAGAACAUAAACCCUCAGAUAGCAAAAUCUAUUAUAUGGGCGCUAUGUCAAGUAAAUUGCACAGAAAAGGAGUUCCCAACCAGAGUUCAGUUGCUUCAUAUCUGCUGCGACAUUCUAUCACAGUCCAUUGAUAAGCUGUCCUAUGAUGAUGUUCUUCGAACAGCCGCUAAACUGAAGGGCAGGAUCCUUGAGAAACAUCCGGAGUACUAUCACCAGCAGCUCAUGGACACUAUAGCCAAUUACGUUAUAUCCAAUGACUUAGAUUUUGAGAAAGGACUACUUAUUGCUAGAGUACUCUCCAGAAUUGCACACACACAUCUCGGUCUAGUAGAGUUUCUCUGCCUGAAGGCGGCCACAGAUCCCGAGACCCUAUCUAACGCACGGACCAAUAUUCUGUUCAGUUUCGUCAACUGCCUGGCGAACAGUAACUUCACACCCCCACAGGACCAGUGGGACGAAAUCAAACGCCAGAUAUCUAGCAACCCUGUGUUAAAGGCCACGAACGCCAACUUACCCUGGACCAAAUUCUGUCUCGAGCUGGCUUCACUAGGCUUUUACGAUGACAGACUGCUAGAACGUGUCUUCUCUAAAGAUUUCCUCCGAGAAUUCCUUGCUCGUGAGAACAAUACUCUGGACUACCUCCAGCUCUUGACCCUAUACGAGGCAGUGAACACCUUCCAUACUAAUGAGUACAAGUUGCCAGAUGAUAUUUUGCAGAAGGCUAAAGAGGUGUACCCCACACAUGCAUCCACGAGUCGCUUGAUGGAGCAUCUGGCCCGAGGGUUGGGGGGUCCGGAGUACAGUGCAAAAGAUGUCGUGCUCCCCAACGGUAUUAUUGCAGACAUCGUGGUAUGUUUGAAAUCUGGUGUUCCUGUAAAAAUGCCCGAAAAAAUUAAUGAAAGCAAAGUUCCUCUCAUAGAACUGAAAUUACCCCACGGUGGAAUAGUUAUAUGCAUCAUGAACUUCAGCCAGGGCUGUUUUUCUAUGAACAGCAACCGUCUUCGGAGCCCCUUCCGCCUCAUCUUGGACAUCUUGGAGAAGCAGGGCUACGCCACCGUCGCCUUCAACGUGAACGAGUGGCUCCGGACCCCGGCCCACGAGCGGACGCCUUACAUCAUGAGGGAGAUCGGCUACCGAUGCGGAGAAAUAGCCCUCAAACUAUCAGCAACCUGA